AUGAGAGCAGACCAAGCAGCAGAGCUGGACUGGGCACUACCGCUGGGCUGGGCACCCCACAUGUCCUUCUUUCCUCCUUAUAGGACCAUUUGCCUCGCUUGUGUUCAGCCUGUGGUAUUCUCAUGGAUCCUCCCCUUCAGGUCAAACAGGGACAGGCCCCACCCUGGCCUCGGAGCUCUGACAGAAAUAACUUCUCGCCCCACAGAGAAGGUGGAGUGUUUCUCAGACUACAUGACCCUGAAGAUUCCGAAGAGCCACGUGCAGGGUCUGAGGCAGUGGCUGGCAGCCAUUCUGCCCCUGCCAGGCACCCUGAGGGCCCCUGGCCAUCUGGAUGCUCUUCUUGACGAAUGUGGCUACCUCCUGCACCGGGUCCCUGAGGGUGACUUUGUCUUCCGAGCUCUGUACUCAGCCUGCUUUGUGCAGAAGGAGAAAGCAAAUUACAGGUUGGAAAUCAGGAUAUUUCGAAAAGGGGCAAAAAGGUUGGAGCAGAGUGAUGGCUACAUAAUGAAGUGUCCUGUGGUCAUGUCAAGGCUGGUCCAACAGAGUGUCCACUGCGGCCCCACAGUCAUGCAGGUCUCCCGGCCCUUGCCUCCGAGGAAUGACGGUGGACAGACCCCAUGGCUGCUGUCCUUCCGAGGGGAGCUGGUGGCUUCUCUGGAGGAUGCUAGCCUGAUGGGAUUGGAUGUGGACGUCAAUGCCACCACGAUCACCAUCCGACAUCCGAGACAAGACCUUCUUCAGAGGCAGGAGGUGCGGAACACCUCCCUGGAGCUCCUGCCGCUCUGGCUGGUGAGCGGCUACCAUGCCUACUCCUUUGAGGCUACGUGCCCACCCGCGUCAGCCCAGCCAGAGUCGGAGGUCUUUAUUCACAUUCCCAGGCAGAGACUGGGUCUGGUCAAAAGAGGGUCCCACAUUGAGGAGAUCUUGAGCCUCAGAUUCCUCCGUGUGCAUCAGUCUAACAUCUUCACGGUGACCAAGGACAGGGAUUUUGUGGUCAUCGGCAUCCCUGCUGCAGGACUGCUCCAGUUUCAGCCAUGCCAGGGAGCUGAAGGAGCCUCCGGGACACAAGCUUUCUACAGAGUAGACGUGAGCUUGGGAUUUGCAGAGGCAGUCGCCCCGGUACGCUGGAUGGUGGAGAACGUCUUCCAGUGUGUGGGUUCAGAAGAAGAGGCACCUGCCUCAACAGCCACAUCGAGGACUGCUCUAUCCUCCCCGUCCUCCGGACCUGAGGCCCCUCUAGCAGAAAUGCCAUUUCCUGCCUCUCCUGGGUUCCAGAACGCACAACUGACUGCUGGGGGGGAGCCUCCUAGGGACUUUGUGCCCGCUGAAGGGAAAGACAAGCAGGGACUGGAGCCAUCCUUGAAAACCAGCAGACCUGAGAGAGCAACCUGGGCGGUCUCUACCUUCCUUUCCCCCAAAGUGAUGCACGAUCAGCGUGGUCCCCAGGAUCUCCCAGAGAAAGCAGGCUUAUCGACACCUCGCCAGACUUCAGCGGCACUCUUACCAGAGCCCAUGGGAGCUGCUCGGGGCGGCCCUGGGCCCUCACAGCCAGUCUCUCUCACUCCCACUGCCUUGAUCAAGCAGCAGUUCUCAGAAGUCCCCUCGCCUCCAUUACCUGCCUGGAGGUUUGAUGUGUCCAGAAUACUCCUGAGCCCAGAGCUACCUGUUACCCCCAGUGAAGGUCUAGGAGCUCCGAGGGAUGGGGAGGACUCAGCACAAACCCUAGGAAGUACCCUUCUGCUGGGAGGGUUGUCAGCGGGCGGUGUGGUGACAGCUGCACCCACUCUGGGGCAGCCUGCCCAGGUCAGUGAGGAAUUCCAGCCACUGAUGGGGGCCUGGGUGAGCAGUGUGACGGAAGAAGGGAUGAGUUCUCCUCAGGCUCCUGGAAUGCUGCAGGAAACAUCCUCCACGGAGACGGCUGAGGGGCCCCAGCAGAAUGAUGGUGGUCCCUUCGAGGAGGGCAUCAGAGGAAGCCGGAAACCUCAUCUGCUGGAGCGUCAGAUGGGACCCCAGAAAUAG